UCAUCUAACGGUGGAAUUUACAUGUAACGGUGGCGACUGAUGGUUGUGUGUCAGAGACCGGGUCGGUGGGGAGCGCAAAGCGGACGGUGUCAUGAAGAAACGUGAACAUGAUUUUGAGCUUUAGAUAUCACAUUUUUCACAGUUGUAGACUGCGGGGGCCAGCUCCAUGUGGGCGUCUUGCUGUGGGUUGCUGAAUGAAGUCAUGGGUACAGGAGCUGUGCGAGGGCAGCAGUCGGGCUUUGGUGGAGCAGGCCCUUUUAGAUUUGCACAGAAUACCGACUUUUCACCAUAUCCUUCAUCAUCCUCUAACAUUGUGUGUAAAGCUUGUGGACUGAACUUUACAGUCUUCAGGAAGAAGCAUGUCUGUUGUGACUGCAAAAAAGACUUUUGUUCAGUGUGCUCAACACUUCAAGAAACCCUCAGGCGUUGUAGUACUUGUCAUUUACUACAAGAAACAGCAUUUCAGAGGCCCCAGUUAAUGAAGCUGAAAGUUAAAGACCUACGUCAAUACCUAACGCUAAGGAACAUCCCUACCGAGAGCUGUCGGGAGAAGGAAGACUUGGUGGAGCUGGUGCUCUGCCACCAUGGUUCUUGUCCUGAGGAGGAGAUGGACGUUAGCACAGAAAGCACUACACGAUCGCAGUCUUCUGCCUUCUCAUUCUUCUCUGCUCUCUCAGCACCUUCAUCUUCCACAUCUUCAUCUCAGGGAGAAUUAUCAGACAGAAGUGGAAGCAUGGGAAGUGGCUCGGCAUCCCAGGGAACAAGUGAAACCAUAUCUAUAACAUCUGAUACAGAAACUCCAGAACUGCAGGCCAAUGACCUAUCAAAGAAACAAGCCAGAGCAUCAUUAUCAGACUUAUCAACACAGGAGGAAAUAGAAGGGUUAUCUAUUCGACAGUUGAAGGAGAUUCUGGCCCGAAACUUUGUCAACUACUCAGGAUGCUGUGAGAAAUGGGAACUGGUGGAGAAAGUCAGCAGGCUGUACAGAGAGAGUGAAGAGAACAGAAAGUCUGUGGAAAGCCUAGAAUCAAGACAUGAAUCAGAGAGAGAUCGGCUGCAGUUGACUGGCAACGAUGACCACCUUUGUCGCAUCUGCAUGGACGCUGUUAUUGACUGUGUUCUGUUGGAGUGUGGUCAUAUGGUUACAUGCACAAAAUGUGGCAAGAGAAUGAAUGAGUGUCCCAUCUGCCGACAGUACGUGGUGCGAGCUGUUCAUGUCUUCAAGUCUUAAGUUUCCAGACCAAAAAUAAAAAUACAAGUGUGUGACUUGGCCCUAUCCCUUGGGGCUCAAAGUGUGUACAAAGAAACCUGGUUUUAUGUAUAAUGUUUGAGUGAACUGAUAGAGAUGUGUUUUUGUAAUAAAUUUAAAGGUAGGUUUUGUUUACAAGCUAAAUGAGAACUGGUCAGACAAACUGCAUGCAAGCGUGUGUUUGUGAAUCUGGGAUGGAUGACAAUUCUUAUCAAUAAAAGCUAUUUACUUGUG